AUGUGCGGCGCCUGCGCCCCGGGCACCUUCCAAGACAACACCCGUUCCUCAUCGUGCAAGACGUGCCGCUCGGGCACGGCCAACCGGUCGUCGGGCGCGGACUCCUCCUCCGCGUGCCGCGAGUGCGCCCCGGGCACCUUCAGCGAGGAGGGCGACGCCCGCUGCACCAUGUGCCCCACCGGCCAGUUCGCCUCCGGCCGCGGCUCGACUAGGUGCCAGACCUGCCCCUCCGGCACCUUCUCCGACAAGACUGGCUUGACCAACGUCGCCAUGUGCAUGCCGUGCCCCAAGGGAACCUCCAGCACCCGCAGGAGGGAGACCUGCAACGCGUGCCCCAGCGGCACCUUCCAGGACCGUACCGGCUCGUCAAACUGCCAGAGGUGCCCGCGCGGUACCUUCUUCAGCGGCACCGGCGCCACCGGCAAGGGCGCCUGCAACGCGUGCCCGCUGGGCACCUUCAGCUCUGGCGGCGCCGACGAGUGCUCCAGCUGCCGCGCGGGAACGUACCAGGACGAGCGCGGCAAGGAUUCGUGCUUCCGCUGCCCGGCGGGUACCUUCAAUGAGGAUGAGCGCGCCACCAGCCGCUCGCAGUGCCGCGCGUGCCCCAAGGGCAGCAUCAGCGGCCUCGGUGCGAACCGCUGCCGCCCGUGUUCGGCCGGACGCUUCCAGGACCGCGAGGGCGCCGCGUCGUGCCUGUCGUGCCCGCGAGGCACCUUUAGCAACGAAAUUGGACUCGCGGACAUCUCCCAGUGCACACUGUGCCCGCGCGGAACCUUUAACCAGCAGGAAGAGGCACGCGCGUGCUCCUCCUGCCCCGAAGGCCGCUUCCAGGACACCGAGGGCGCCAGCUCGUGCAAGCUGUGCCCGGAGGGUACCUUCAGCACCCGCGUCGGGCUCACCUCGCUCAUGCAGUGCCAGCCCUGCCCGCGCGGCACGUUCAGCCGCUCCGGUUCCCGCGCGUGCACUGCAUGCCCCGUUGGGACCUUCCAGGACGAGACGGUGUCGGCCAUGUGCAAGAACUGCCCGGCGGGCACCGCCGGCAGCCGGACAAGCGCCACGGAGGCGGAGCAAUGCCGCCCGUGCGCGCGCGGCACGUUCAGCCGCGCCGGCUCAUCUACGUGCACGGACUGCCGCGUCGGCACGUUCCAGGACCGCAAGGGGGCGUUCGGCUGCGCCAGCUGCCCCGCGGGGACGUUCAACAACCGCGUGGGCGUGAUGUCGCGCGCGGGCUGCACGGCGUGCCCCAAGGGGACGCGCUCUAGCGACGAAGCGCGUUCGUGCGACGCGUGCCGCGAGGGCCAGUUCCAGGACCGCGUCGGGUCCUCCGUCUGCAAGUCGUGCCCGGAGGGUACGUUCAGUAACCUGCUCGGGCUGACGGGGAUCGGACAGUGCCGCGACUGCCCCAAGGGUACAUUCAGCGGGUCCGCCGAGCGCAUCUGCGAGCCGUGCCGCGUGGGCUUCUACCAGGACCAGGCGGGCUCCAGCUCUUGCCUCGCGUGCCCGGCCGGGACGUUCAGCAACCGGCUCGGGCUGACGGCUGUGUCACAGUGCACAAAGUGCCCGCCGGGGACGUCGAGCUCGUCCGGUCGGACGUCGUGCACACCGUGCCGUUCGGGAUCGUUCUCCAGCGAGCAAGGAUCUCCGUCGUGCAGGCCGUGCCCGCGCGGGACGGCGAGCGACGCGGUCGGGGCGCGGUCGAUGUCGGCGUGCCGACGGUGCCCCAAGGGGACGCGCAGCUUCGGCGGGUCCAGCAGCUGCAGUGCGUGCGGGCAGGGCGAGUUCCAGAACCAGCGCGGACAGGGCGAGUGCAAGCCGUGCCCCAAGGGAACGUUCAGCACGGGACGCAUGGAGACGAGCAUUGCGGCGUGCAGGCCGUGCGCCGCGGGGACGUUUGUCAACUUCGAGGGCAGCACCAGGUGCGAGCCGUGCUUCGGCGGGACGUUCCAGAACCAGACCGGGGCGCAAUUCUGCGAGGAGUGCCCCGCAAACACGUUCAGCAUCGCCAGACGCGGAAAGUCGCCCAACGUGUGCAGGUCGUGCCCGGGUGGCACUACCAGCGACCCGGGGUCUACCCGCUGCGAAUAGAGAGAGAGGGAGAGAGAGAGAGAUGGACGUGGUGGUGACGACGAUGACAAUGACGAUAGUGACAUUGUAGACAUGUGCGCGCAGAUAGCGCAUUGAUAAAAAAGAGCUGGCGACAUCUCUGGCCCGCGACAUCUACCCCGGGGUCCACCCGUUCCACCGGUGGGGCCGUUCCACGCUCCCCAUUAGCACUGUG